AUGACGGCUGCAGCCCCGACCCCGACGAGAAGCCCUCAGCCGCGUCGCCCCCGUCUCCUUGAACUCCCCUUUCGACCGCCGAGUGCCACACGGCGCCUGCGCAUGCGCAUCCGGCAACACGCAGGCGUAUUGCCCUGCCCAACCACGAGCAAGGGAGCGUGCGCAAUACCAAGAACUUUUCAGCCUCCAGCGGGGUGGGGCUUCGAUUCGGCUCCGCCCACCCCUCCAGGUUGUCAUAGUGAUGCCGUAUCCACUGAGACUCCGGAUCCUAACAGCUGGAAGCUAAAAACAGGCGCCAUGGAGUACACAGGGAGCAAAUAUAUCGGGGAAUAUGUAGAUGGGAGGAUGGAGGGCAAAGCCAAGUACAUCCUCCCUACCGAAACAAUAUAUGUUGGGGAAAUGAAGGAUGGCAUGUUUCACGGCGAAGGAACCCUGUACUUCCCCAGCGGAAGCCAAUACGACGCCAUUUGGGAAAACGGAUUGGCCAUAAAGGGCACAUAUACCUUCGCAGAUGGGCUGCACUAUGAUGAGAAGAACUGGCAUUACUGCGACGGCUAUGAUCGGAGGUUUUACACAGAGAUCCUCAAUGGGUUGAAGCCUGCAGGUAUGGCUCAACUCACCAAUAUGGACCCACCUAGAAAAAUCCCCAAGGGCUAUUACGAUUGUGGAGACGGCUUCUAUAACCCAGUCACGAGGGUAGUCAAGGACUAUAGGAACCGCUUUCUAAGAAACGCAGGUAGGUUUCUUCCGACACUGCAGCACGUUUUCUCUUCAUCCACGUAUAAGCAUGUGCAUCUGUAUGUGCAAAUGUAUGCACACACUUGAUGAGAAAGAAGCUUUUGCUGAUAGAAGAUGAAAGUUGAUUACCUGGAUGUUUUAUUUUUUGGACUUCUCGUGGCUGGCAAAUCUGUACAUAGUCCUAGAGUGAGGUAAAAGGACACUCGUGGUCUAGCUGUGACGGCACAUAAAUGUCACACUGAAAGGA